GGUUGAACCGGAUUGAAAAUGCCAUUCGAUGCUCCACAAAACGAACCACGGUUCUUGUGCGGCUGUACCGGCACGCGUACCUCUCUCACAACCAUUCAUCACCAUAAAGGUAGAGUGGCAGCAUAGCAGGCGGUCAGUGCUUCGGCUUCCAUACCAUCACAUGAGAGGUCUGUCCCGAACAAUCUUGGGACUUUCUUGGUCCGGGCCGAGAACGAGAGAAGCAGCUCCACCUUGGAAAAGCAGUCGCAGACGCGGCCAUCUGGGUGAUUGGCAACCUGUGCCUCUUGGCUUCUUAGAAGCACGCAUCGUCUGCGCCUGUUGCGGCAGACGACCCACAAGCCGCGCUGCAUGACCUCGCUCUCGGGCCAAAGUCGGCCGCCGAAUGUAUUAGCCUUAUCACAGACGAGCGGAUCGUGCUCCAACGACGCGGCGUCCCGCGCUGCGAGAUCGCUAUCUGCCAGCUCGAUACACGACAUUCGCGUAGGUGGUGCUGGAUGUUAUGACGCAGCAGCUGCGGCGACAGGUCGAGGAACUGAUGUCGCAGCCGGCGACAAGAAGGCAGUGCCUGGGAUUCCAGGUGGUUACAAGGCGAUAACGGCUUUCAUCCUCUCAUUGGUUGCCUACACCCUCCAGACCGAAUUUGCCCAGCACGUGCAGCAGACGCUAAACUACAAAAAGCCAUUUUUCAGCCUCUACAUUGGUCACAGCAGCUUUAUAGUCAUCCUGCCGCUCCAUCUGCUACUUCUCAAGUUCACAACAGGGUGCUCAAUACGUAAGCAUUACUGGCAUCUGAUCGUAGAGAAUCUGAGAUGGCAGACAGAGUCCCGCACGAUUCGCAGCUCUCUGCUGCAGGGAGGCCAAGAGGACAGUGGGCUCUCGCUACCUUCGCCAAUACAGCACGAAGUGGUUGCUGAAAGCACCCUAUGGCGCAUCAGGAGCUCUUUCAAUGGAUGGUGCGGGUUCGAUGCAUUCAGGAUUUUGUCUAUCCUGGCGCUGUUGACGAUCGGCAUUACCGUCCCCGCACUCAGCUGGUACGCCGCUGUACCCCUGACGAGCAUGGCAGAUAUUACUGCCUUGUACAAUUGUUUUGCGGUCUCGGCACUUGUCUUUAGUGUAUGGUUCCUUGGCGACCGCUGGCAAGCAUACAAAGUCGUCUCUGUCUUGCUCGCCGUUGGGGGCGUCAUUGUUGUGUCAUACGGUGGCGCAGAGCACAAGAAGGCGCCUCGACUCUUGGACCCAGUGAAAGGAAAGCCAGACACAGCCGCUGUUGCGGAGCUCCCACAUCCUUUCGUUGGCGACAUGCUCGCUCUGCUCGGCGCUGUUACUAUGGGUCUCUACGAGAUUGUUUUUAAGCUCGUCGGUACGCUGCCAGACGAAGAGCUACAACUUCAACUUUAUGGCAAGGGCGGCGCACUUGCCGGCGGCCACCGGAGAAGCCGCGGCCACCAAAGCUCCAUCGAGUACCGCCCUGUCAACGCCGCAGAUGGAUUGAGCCGGCAUGAAGAUCAAGCCGAAGGCAAUGCUCUCAGCGGAGACACCAAUUACCAGGCGACGGGAACGUCGCCAUCGCAAUCACGUUCCACCUCAAGCCGAUCAUCGUUCGACGGCGACGAGGACACAGAGAAGCAGGCCAAGCAGGCCGGAAGCAACAAGAACAGCAGUGGUCCGACUACAUAUUCGCGCGAAGCCGAUGACUUUUCCUCUGAAUCAGAGAGCGAGUUGGAUGAAGCAGAAUUAGCCCAGCUCUCGACCGGCGGCACGACCCGGCUUUCGCGGACGAGCUCACGCACUCGAUUAAAACAACAUUCGGCGUUUUCCACGCCCAUGCACACGAAUGGCCGAAAACGUCUGCUCGACGACGUGCCACCUCCGCUUCCAUGGGGCAUGCAUUCUAACAUCAUGACCAGCGGCAUCGGCCUCGUAACAGCCCUAUCGUUAUGGCUGGGCGUGGUCAUUGCGCACUUUGCGGGUUGGGAGCCCUUCGAAUGGCCUUACAAUUUUGCGACCGUAGCUUCUCUAGCUAUUGUUGCCAUCUGCGGGGUCUUCUUCAAUGCCUGCUUUAUGAUCCUCUUGAGCAUUUGGGGACCGGUGUUGGCUUCCGUGUCUUGCCUCUUGACAACGGUACUUGUGGAGAUCGCGGACGUUCUUCUUGGUAGACAGCUCAAGGUACUUUCUCUGAUCGGCUGCAUCUUCAUCGGUUGCGGAUUCGUUGUUCUCAUCUUUGGCGAAAGCCGCGCGCGACAUGUGCAAUAAUGUAGCAUAUUGUAAUGUGUAUGGUACAGGUGUGUCUCAAUCUCAUGAC